CUCCACUGUCAGCCUGCACACAGUGGGGCUCCUGUUGUCAAACCUGCGGUGACAGUCUAAUAUUGUGGAAUCUGCAAUUUCUGCAAUAUGGCAUGUUACGUGGGGCCUUAUCAAUGAGGUAUUUUCAUUUAAAAAACCCACCCCCAGGCAGCCCUCCUGCUUCUGCUGUCUCCUCCACACAACUUUCUUCCUGCAUGAACCAACUGCUCAAUUACAAACCAAAAUAUCAGUUCACCUGAGCCCCUCACCAUUUCCUUUCAUCUACUUUCUCCUCCCUCCCCUGUCAAAAGGCACGUGCUUGGCUCCUGAUAAAACCCUUGUGCAGAAGAGAAAUGAUCUACAGCAAUCCUGUCACAUUCCACAGUGACUUUAACCUGGGAAAGAAAUGAGGAGAUGGAGUGUAGCCAUGGUGAGCUUUCUGUUUUCAGUCCAGGAAAGCUGAUGGCUGUGGCGAAGGAGGAAAAUGAACAUAGAAGGUACCUCCGGACCCUGUACCUCGGCCUCCAGAGCCGCUGGCAGUCAGAGCACAGGCAGCGCCACUUCUAUUGGAAGAUGAUGUUUGAGAGCGCUGAUAUCAGCAUGCUGCGGUUGCUGGAGACCUUCCUGAAGAGUGCCCCCCAGCUGGUGCUGCAGCUCAGCAUCAUGGUGCAGCAGAACAACAUCGAGCCUCUGCAGGGACUCUCAGCCUCGGCCUCCCUGGUGUCCCUGGCGUGGAUGAUUGCCUCCUACCAGAAGGUGCUGCGGGACUCACGGGAGGACAAGAUGCCCAUGUCCUACAAGGGGGCAGUGGUGCAGAUCCUCUGGCACCUGUUCACCAUCGCUGCCCGCGCCAUUGCCUUCGCCCUCUUUGCCUCUGUGUUCCAGCUCUACUUUGGCAUCUUCAUUGUCACGCAUUGGUGCAUCAUGACCUUCUGGAUCAUCCAGGGGGAGACGGACUUCUGCAUGUCCAAGUGGGAGGAGAUAAUCUACAACAUGGUGGUGGGUAUCAUCUACAUCUUCUGCUGGUUCAACGUGAAGGAGGGCCGGAGCCGCUGCCGCAUGGUCAUCUACUACACCAUCACUCUGGCGGAGAACGCGGCCCUCACCGGCCUCUGGUACAUGUACUAUGACCGCCAGGCCACCUCAGACUUCGACGCCUUAAUCAUCGUCUGUGUGGUCUCCUCCAGCUUCGCCCUGGGCAUCUUCUUCAUGUUCAUCUACUACUGCCUCUUGCAUCCCAACGGGCCCGUGUUCGGCCCCCAGACCACAGGCUGCAUUUUCAAAAAGGCACCGGCCGCCUGCAUGGGGCCCUCAGAGGACGUUAUCACCAGCCCCCCGCGUUCCCUGCCACGGACUACAGGGGGGGAGAGGGAAGGGGUACCAGGGGACAGGGACAGCUGCGUGCCUGUUUUUCAGGUCAGGCCAAGCGUCCCUCCGACCCCUGUUGCCCACGCCCCCCGGACAGAAGGGCCUGUCAUCCGAAUAGAUCUGCCCAGGAAGAAGUACCCAGCCUGGGAUGCCCAUUUUAUUGACAGGCGGCUCCGUAAGACGAUCCUAGCGCUGGAGUAUUCUUCUCCGGCUACCCCACGCCUGCAGUACCGCAGCAUGGGGGCCUCGCAGGAGGUGCUGGAGUAUGAGACCACGGUGUAGGCCAGUGCGGGAGCCAUGUAAUUGCCUAGCAUGCUCCCCUGCCAUGGGGCUGACACGCUGGUGCACUUCCAGAGCCCACUGGCCACCAGCCACGCCAGGCCUUCCGCUGCCCUGGAAAGUGGCUGUCCAGUAUCUUCUUAGCAUUUUGCCUUUUGUGUUCAUUAGCACUGAUGGCCCCCACCUCCCCGCUCUACCCCCCCAUCCCAGAGGGGUUGGCGAGGUCAGCUGGUGCUAACCCCCACUCUGCCUUGACGAGCUCUCCCUCUAGCGAUGCCAUGGUAAAGGUUUCCUUCCUGGGCCCCAGUUGCCUCCGUGUCAACCCCACAGAUGGGCCCAGAGGAGUCCAUCCUCCCCUCCAGGCAGGAGGUUUUGUUGGUGCUGAAAUACCUCACCUGUACCUGAGCUCAAACAGCCUGCAGCCGCCCCAUGGCAUGGCCUCUAGCCACCAGCAAAGGGGCAGGGCACCUCGUUUGCACAGGGCCGGCUGGA